AUGGAAGACCUGGCUCUACGAGCAGGCCUACAACCAGUGGACGGGGUUGACCCUGGUCGUAAUGUGGUGCGCCGGGCUCGAAGCGCUCCUCCCUCGUUGAACCUCCUGCGCAAUGCGGGCUUCGAGGAAGUGUCCAACGCAGCAGGCUGGCCGUCGCCCCUGUCGUCCUGGGUGCCGCUCGUCCCCGGCGCAGCAGGGCAGCAAGGACAGGCGGCGGAGGGGAUACAGGGGCAGGGGGAGGUGGCGGGGGAGGGGGGAGGGGGAGGGGAUGUUCCGCCCGGGGACCCGUCCGUUGCUGCUGAGGGCGGUCGGUUCGUUCGCCUGCAGCCCAGCGACGGCAGUGGCGGCACCGGUGGCGAGCUUUGGGGCAGCGGGGCGAGCGAGAGUGAAGGGGCAGUGUGGCCGGUGCAGGGAGUGGGGCAGCUGCUGUGUGUCGUAGACGGGGGAGAGCAGCAGCAGCAGCAGCCGCUGGGGGAGUUUUCGCUGUAUUUCUAUGCGAGGGCACGCGAGUGCAUGAUGGAUAUGUCUAUUGCCGCUGGAGUGCGGCCGAUGCGAGCAAUGAUCGUCGCCGUGCCCCUGCCACCAACACCAGCCACCGCCACUGUCAGCAGCACUGGCAGCAGCUUUAGCAGCAGCAGCAGCAGCAGCAGCGUGGACGAGGGCGACCUGCCCAGUGCGCUAGCAGCCGCGAUGAGCAGCGGAGAGAUGGUGGUGCUGCAUCAGUGGACCGUGGGCGUUCCCUUUCGCAACAACUCCUCUCUCUCGGGACUCCUGCCCUGGCGCCAGCACGGGCCCUUCUCCUUCCACCUCCCACCCUCCUCCGCCUCCGCCGCUGCUCUAUCCUUCCCGCCGCAAGGCGUGGCUCUGCACCUCGUGCUGCUGGAGGGAAAGGAGGCGGACAGCAGCAGUACGCCCUCUAGUGGUUCUGUGGAACUGCCUGUUCCCAUUGACGUGCCCGUUCCCUUACCUCCGACCUUGCCUGGGAGUGCGUCCGUGUCUGGGGGUGCUUCCGUGCCUUGGGGUGCGACUGUAGCAUCAACAGCAGCGGUGGAAGGCGGGUCACUGACGUCGGCGGCAGCGGCAGCGGGGAGCAUCGAUGUGGAUCUGAUCACGGUGGCUCCCAGAGGCACAGGUGCGCACAGAGGCACAGGUGCGCUCAGAGGCACAGGUGCGCUUAGAGGCACAGGUGCGCUCAGAGGCACAGGUGCGCUCAAAGGCACAGGUGCGCUCAGAGGCACAGGUGCGCUCAGAGACACAGGUGUGAUUCCUGAGAUCACAGCGGCCUCCGCCCCUCCGUCCUUCUCCUACUCCCCAUUAACCUCCUCCUCUCCCCUCCUCACCUCCGGCUCGGCUCGCCUCCUUUCCUCCUCGCUGCACCUCACCCCCCUCUCUCCCCCCCACCAAGCGGGCCUUGCCCUGCACCCCACGCCCUUCCCCCUCGUCUCCCCCGCCUCCCCCACCUCCCCCUGCCGCCCCUACUCCUUCUCCUCCUCCUUCUCCUUCCGUCUCUCCUCCCCCCAAUCCGCUGCUGCUCUCGGGGCCGACGGCUUUGCUUUCGUUCUCCUGCCCGACCCGACCGUCGGACUGCCCGGGCCAAACAUGGGAUACGGCAGGAGGCCUUACAGGCAGGAGGAGAUGUUUGUGGAGGUGGAAGGGGGGGAAGAACAAUUGUGUGAGGUAGAGAACGGGGCCGUUACAUGCACCACGAUUGGCGGCAGCAGCGGCAGUAGCGUCACCGUCAACAGCAGCCUGCCACAUCAGCACAGCCUGGCAGUGGAGUUUGACACGUCAUCAACCCGUCUGUUUUCGGACCCAACCACUCACCACGUGGGGGUGGACGUGGAUUACAGCAUGACGUCAGCAGGCCAUGCGUGUGUGCACCCCGUGGGCAUCCCCUGGCUGGGCGGCAACGAGACGCUGCAUGCGUGGGUGGCCUACAACGCCACCGCCUCGCUGCUCUCCGUGCGCCUCUCCUCCUCGCCCGCCAUGCCCCCCUCCGCCCUCCUCUCCCUCCCCUUCAAUGCCUGUGACCUCUUUCACUCCCCUCCGAAGGAGGACGGCGGGGAGGGGGAGGCCGUGUUGGUGCAUGCAGGGUUUGCAGCCGGCACGGGGCUGCUGCCGCUGCACACUCAGACGCACGACAUCCUCUCCUGGGCCUUCCAGGUCGAUACCCAAGCCCCUCCACUGUUGCAUGUGUGGCUGACGUCCUCUUUCCUCUCCGCUACCGGCUCUGUGUGUUGCCCGGUGCACGACAUCCUCUCCUGGUCCUUCCACGUGGACAACCACAGUGAGAUGGAGUGGAAGGAGAUGGAGGAGGUGUGGGGCAAGGGGGGAACGGGGGGAAGGGGUUGGUUCUCCUACUACCAAAUCCCUCCGCUCAUCUGUCCCCUCCCCCUUCGCUUCAACCUUACUUACUCCUACAUGUUUCCUUCCUCACUUACUUUCCCCUUGUGCUCCCUGCACCCCUCCUUCCUCACUUACUUUCCCCUUGUGCUCCCUGCAACCCUCCUUCCUCACUUACUUUCCCCUUGUGCUCCCUGCACCCCUCCUUCCUCACUUACUUUCCCCUUGUGCUCCCUGCGCCCACACCCUUCCCCCCCAGCGCCCACUCCUCUCCCCGUGUGGCAGCCGCAGUCGCUCGUCUUGCCCUUCCUCACACCAGCCGCGCCUUUCACUACCUCGGGUGCAGCUCGCCUCGGCUUCUCCUCGCUGCAACUCACCCCGGGCAACCAGGACCAGGAGGCAGGCGCUGCCUUCUUCCCCCUCCCCCUGCCCCUGCUCUAUGGGAAGAAUGGUGGAAAGACUGAUGCACUGGUGUGCAAGGCUCGGUCCUUCACCUCGUGGUUUGCUUUUGAGCUCAAGGGAAAAGAGACCAAUGGGUUUGGGGUGGUUUUCGUGCUACGGCCAGGGGUGGGUCAAGGAGGGACGGACAUGGGAUACGGCCGGGAGUCGGACAAGAGGGAUGCGAAUGGGACAUGGGCGGAUGGAGGGAGGAGUAUGGAGCGCUUUUCCCCUUUCGUCCAUCAUCUUCUCCUCCUUGUCUCUCCUUGUCUCUCCUCUCCUCACUCCCCAUGCCACACAGACGUCAACCCAUGCACGGCAUGGGACGUGAAUCCAUGCGGUGCUGGCAGGUGCACUGCGGUGAGCACUGACACGUGUGCGCCUGGCGUGUGCCUGGAGGGCUAUGAUGCCUCCUCCUUCUGCCUCUGCCCGCCCUCCUUCUUCCCCCUCGACUACUCUAACCCCCUCAAGCAACCCUUGAGUGAGUCUGCUACUCGAGUGCCAUUCUUCCCAGCACCCCCCGGCCUCACAUGCCCUCUGCUGCUCGACAUCUUUGACCUCUCACCUCAAGAGCUGCUGGGGAGCAACAAGGUGAAGCUUGCUGAUGAGCACCAACACCCCCACCUUCCCCGUGGCGGCCUGCACGGAUCACAAGGCUCUCGAGCCCGGCCUGCACACGUGCCAGCAGGUCGCGGCGUUCGGCUACGGGUGGAGCCGCAUGGGCUACUCUCCACUACCACUUCCCCCUCCCCAUCCUCUUCCCCCUUCCCAUCCCCCUUCCCAUCCCCCUUCUUCCACCCCCCCCCCCUCCCCCCCCCCACUCCCCCUCCUGCUCCCCCUCCCCCGUUGCAUCUCCAUCCUCCCUGCAGCGCGUGUGUGUGGAGAACAGCACCAACACCCCCACCUUCCCACCUGCACACGUGCCAGCAGGUCGCGGCGUUCGGCUACGGGUGGAGCCGCAUGGGCUACUCAAAGACCUUCCGCAUCAACCCCGCUCUCUACUGCGACCACCUGCUGCCCAGUGCAGCUGGGUGGGACGACUCUGUUCUCGACAGGGUGAGCGCAUUUGGCUUGCACGUGAAAGCUAAGUCUUUCUGA